AUGAAACGUCCAAGUAACGAACCAAACCAUCAACCUUCCAAAUCUCGGCGCAUUGACCUAAACAAGGUUGAACAGUUUCUACUGGAGGCGUCUAGCUCCCUGUUGGAUCUCCCAACAAUCUCUGAGGAUUGGCAUGCCAUUCCUUUUGAGUGUAUGUUUUUAACUGAUGUUUAUUUUCAUUCAUUUGAUGUGAUUUUUCUAAUGAUUUUUUUAUUUUUUAGUAGAGGAGUCAGAGUUAUACUUGGAUGGUGAAGCGGAUUCUGAAUGUAUGUACUUUUAUUUAAUAAUACGACCUUUUUUAUAAUUUAGCUGAUGAAUCCGAAACGAAUAUUAUCAACGGAGUUUUGGAAUAUCUUGAAGAAAAAGGUGCGUCCGAAAUUAGGGCUUCAGAAGGAUUGCUGCAAUAUUUUAAAGGAAGGGCAGAUUUUGGUGAGUGAAACCUUUUAUUUAACAUAAAGUGAACUUUUAAAACAAGCUGUUUAUCGCAUAAUGUAAACUUACAAAAAAAAAAUUUUUUUUUUAACCCAUUUUAUAUUGCAGAGAAAUUUCUUCAAGAUUACCUUACUGACAUUGGUGAUUUUGUCAACUGUUUUGAAGAUACAAACACAUAUGACGCAAGAUGUAGGAGAUUUUUUUUUUUUUUGCUAAUUUUAAAAUCUAUAUUACUUCAACGUAUUAGUAAUAUUUUAAUAUGUUAAUCUUCUACAGCUGAAUGCCUCGUCCUUCAAGACCAGAAGCAAGACUAUGAAGGGGGAUUGAAGACUUCAGAAGGGCUGCUAAAUUAUCUUAAAGGAAGGACAGAUUUUGGUGAGUGAAACCUUUUGUUUAACAUAAAGUAAACCUUUUAAAAAAAUCUGUUUAUCAAAGAUAUUUUUAUUGCAGAGCAAUUUCUUCAAGAAUACCUUACUGAUGUUGGUGAUUUUGCCACCACUUUCGUUGAAAAGACGAGUGCUGAUGAUGCAAGAUGUAAGAUUUUUUCCAUUUUAAAUAUACUUCUGUGUAACCAUUAAUAGUUUAAUCGGUAAAUAUUAUUACAGCCGUAUGCAUUGUCCACCAAGACCAAAAACAGGAUUAUGACAGAGGCUGGAGGUUUUAUGUGCCAGAAAUGCUGCAUGAAGUUUUAUAUUUGCCAUGGAGUUUUGAUGAACCUGAAAAUAGUGAGAUUAAAAAGGAUGGGCAUGCCAGAGGGAAACCCGAAAGUAAGCUGAAAGCGAUGAAGGCCAGAAUUGAAAUGGAGUAUAAAUGGAAAGAAGAAUUAGAGGGUUCAGAAGAUGUAGAGGUCGAAAUGGAGAACAGUGAUUGGAUACUUGAGAACGACUUGGCCAUGAGUGAUACAGAAGUUGAAGAAGAGAUGGACGAAGAUAUAUUGGCUAAAGAUCUGGCUCUUUCGGAAACCGAAUCCGAACCUGAUAAGAAUGAAGGAAUAAACUACAGAGAAGUUUUGAUGAAAGAAUUGGAACUAUCGGACUCGGACGAUGAAUCGGAACUUGACACGGAAGAUUCUGAAAAUAACUCAAAUAGUGGAUAUGAUGAUGCAUAUGAUGCAGAUACCAGUGAUCCAGAGGAACUCUCCAAUCAAGUAGGAGGUGGAAAGUAAGAAAAAAUAAGAAUGUCUAAUCUUUUCUGUAGUGGACUCACUCUCAUAGCCAAAAACUUCGUACAAAAUGAAACAUUCCCUGAACUACGUCUCGCAGUUAGUUACAAAAUGUCCGAAGCGAGUCAAAUUGACAAUUUGGAAUAUACCUUCAGAAGAAUAAUUAAUCAAAUGUUCGAAGACAUGGCAUCUGAAGGUAUGUUAAGACGGGAAAAAAUGAAUCUUAUUUUUACAGUUCAAAGGACAAAACCAGGCCGCGAUAUAAUGCGCAUAAACCUAUCACUUCAAGGAGGUCUAUUGGGAAAAACUGUGUACACAGGAAUGCAGAACGUUGGAAACUUUUCUCCAGAUCUAUUAUUCACGGCUUUGUCUAAAGUUCAACAGUCUCACAGACAAGUCAAUUUAUUGGGGAGACCGUUUGAGAUUUUGAUGACUGCAUAUCUGUCGAGGAAUUUGCGAAAUGGAGAUCGGACUGGAGGAAUCAGAGGAGGGCAUCGCACUGAUGGCGCCACAGGAUAUAAUCAAGAAACUGGUGUGUUUCAAUACAGAGAAAGACGUCGAUUAUGUUUACCAUUGGCCAUCUUAAUUUGCAAGCUAUACCACGGGACUGAGCGCUAUGGAAAUAAAUCGCGCACCGCACAUCAAAUGUGCAACACCAACAGUCGAAUUUUCAAGGAGAGCGUGGCGAAGACAUUGAAGGAUUUGGGACUCCCCUUGAUCCUGCACAUGAUUUGGAGAUGGAGCCGACAGUAAGGUUACUACAGUCCUACCUCGAUAAAGAAGAUGCCUCCAACGCUCCACACGUCAUAGUAAUUCAUGGGACAAGGAACUUCAAGGACCCUCAUAUAUUUACAUCUGGAAAUUUACGUGAGGCCAAAACGAUUCUACCUAUUGCCUAUGAUGCUAUCCACAAUCACUUUGAGGCGAUCGUAACUUCCUCUAAUUAUUUCGGUGGAAGAAAGAUGUGUUAUCAAUGUAACUGUACCUACGACCGUGAUGCUCUUCACAGUGCGAGAUGCAUACAAAAAUGCGGGAAUUGUGGAAGGAAAGGCCCCGAGUACCCCUGCAAAGGUUCUCUAGAAACAUUGGUAUAUUGCUCAAGCUGUUCGACAUAUUUUCAAACAACUGAAUGCUUUGAAGAACAUUGCAAAAAAAUGUGCACGAGAUACGCAACUUGCCAGGAAUGCAAAUCCAAGUACAGAAAGCGAAUUGGGCAUACAUGUGGAACUAAAUAUUGUAUUCCAUGCAGACGAAAAAGGCCAAUAGGUCAUAGAUGCUUUAUUCCUCGGAUUGACAUCCCAGACCAAGAACCCGAAUAUAAAAUGGUUAUCUACGACUUUGAAUGCACUCAGACAGAGGUGGUGGCCGAUGAUAUCCGCAAGCAUAAUGUUAACAUGGCAUGCUGCCAAGUUAUGUGCCAAAAAUGUAUGACCGAUGGGGCAUGGAAAAUGGGGCAGUGCGAAAACUGUGGAUCAGAGAAGAAAUUUUGGAGUAUCCCUCAUGGUAUGAUAAAUGUAAAUAAAAUUUAUUUUUUAGGUAAUUCUGAAAACCCCGCCCGAAAUUUUUAUGAUUAUGUGAAAUCAAUCACUGAACCAUCUAAAACAACAAUUUGUAUCGCGCAUAACUCCGGCCGCUAUGAUUUACACCUAAUCAUAAAACAUAUCUUGGCUGAAAAUCGUAAGUUUUUUUUGCACAGAAAAAAACUUUUUUUUCAAAAAAUGUAUUUUACCCGUUUAGAAUCGCGAGUUCCCACGAUUAUAACUAAUGGCGAGCGAAUCUAUGAUCUAACCUUAAGUGGAGGCAAAGAAUUUGGAUGCCUACAUUUUCGAGAUAGCAUAAAUCAUCUGAAUUGCGCACUGUCUGAGUUACCUUCAAUAUAUCCAUUAGAAGAAGGAGAGUCUGGGAUAAAGAAGAAGGGUGAUUUCCCUCACGAAUUUAAUAGAGAGGAGAAUUAUGAAUAUGUUGGACCAUACCCCAGCUUGAAGGAAUAUAUGUGAGUCUUUUUCCUAAAAACAUAAAAACAAAAAAUGGUGAAAAUACAUACCUUAAGAGCAGAAUUUUGAUGAGAAAUCUCUUAGCAAAUAAAACGCAUUAAACAGACGCGUCUUUUUUCGCUGGCAUUUUUUUUUUGCAUUUUUUCUGCCGAAAAAAAGACACCUUAUACGAUCAAAGCUUUGAGAAGACAUAUUAUACGAACGAAUCUUUUAAAAACACAUUUCCAGGGUUGAGGAAAUGAUGCCUAAGAAGAGAGAAAAACUUGAAGAAUGGUAUAGAACUACGGACAAAAAAAUAUUUGAUUUCAAACAAGAAUUGCUCGCUUAUUGUGAAUCGGAUGUGAAAAUUUUGGCCCAUGCAGUAUGUGAACAUCGCAAAGCAAUGAGAGAACUGAAAGGCAAAGAAUUUGAAGAUAUAUGGUACCACUCGAUUACUCUAGCAAGUGCUGUUAUGCGUGAUUACCGUCAAUCAUAUCUACCGGAAAACACGCUUGUUAUCCAAAAUGAAAGCAAAUUUGGCAACCAGAUCAAUCAGUCAGCCGUAGCUCUCAAAUUUCUCAGAUAUUUGAAAAAGAACUUCCUCCCUUCAUUGCAAUUUCGAGACUCUCCCGAAGGUGAAAAGAAAUUGGAGCUUCUGAUUGGAGGAAAACGAAAGAAAUUCAGCGCCGAUGGAUUUGUUAAGGAGGGCAAUCUGGUAGUAGAAUUUAAUGGAUGCUACUACCAUGGUUGCCCUACCUGUAACAAAGACCCACUGAAAAUAAUGGGAUCAAGGAAGACUCAAAAAGCAUCCUUCAAGGAUUCAACAGAGAGAACCAAGGCUCUGGAAAAUGCUGGUUAUGUUGUCAUUACGUUUUGGGAACACGAGAUCAAUGAAGAACUCAAGAUUAAUAAGGAAAUGGAUGAUUUUUUCAAAAAUGAAUUGGAGAAUGCAGGACCAGCACACCCAAGAGAUGCAUUCUUUGGUGGAAGAACCGCUUCUCUAUGCCUCUACUUCAAAAAAGAAGGGAAUUAUGUAAUGGGAUAUCUCGACGUGAAUUCGCUUUAUCCUUUUAUUUUAUUUAUGGUACCAAUGCCUGUGGGGGAACCACGAAUCGUUGCAUUAAAUCAGGAUUGUAAUUGGACAUGUCCCGAGGAUAUGGGGUUUGAGAAAGGCCUCUACAAAGUUUUUAUUAUACCUCCAGAUGACUUGUUUAUACCUGUAAUACCUUUGAAGGUAAGCACUUUCCUCAGUUUACUUCUUUUUUAGUUUCAAAAAAACUUUUUUCUACAUUUUUUCAGAUCGAAAAGUCGAUAUUAUACACCUUGUGUCAGAAGUGCGCAAAAAAAUUUGCAAAUUCCAAUUUUGUUAGUUAUGAGGAGGCUACCUGUAAACAUUCUGAUUUGGAAAGAGGCUGGUCAUGCACUCUGGCUCAUAUUGAAUUGGAAGAAGCCUUAAGGAAUGGUUAUCGUGUUAUUCGAAUCUACGAGAAAAUAGUAUUCGAUGAAUUUUCGGAAAAUUUAUUCAAAGAGCCAAUACGGAAAUUUUACCGAGAGAAAAUGUUGGCCUCAGAAAUUCCAAAUUAUCUCAAAACUUCAGCCGAUUUUGAUCAGUUUUUGAAGGCGUACAAAGAUGGAUUUGGAAUCGAAUUGGAGGUUGAAGAUUGGAAGCCCAACAAAGCCAAGCGAUAUAACAACAAGAUUUUUUUGAACUCCUUUUGGGGUAAAUUCUGUCAAAGAUCUUCUCUCGCAAAAGUAGGUUAAUCAAAGAUAAUAAUUUUGUUCUUCUCUGUGCUUUGCAGCUUAAUUUCUGUCGAAAUGAAGAGGACUAUCAUACUAUUAUGAGCAAUGAGACAUUGGAAGUUCAAAGAACCGUCAUAUUAAACAGCAACACAUGUGCCAUUCAUGUAAAGACCAAAGAAGAUUUUUUGGAAGAUUUGGAAUUCAACAAUAUAUAUAUAGCUAUAUAUACAACAGCCGCUGCAAGAUUACAUCUGUUUAGACAGAUGAAGAAGGCUACUGAAGGAGGUGCCAAGAUCCUCUAUUUGGAUACAGGUUAG